UCGCGCGCCGGCGCCAGCAUCGAUCGCGUCAAUCGGCGCUUGUGCGCUAGUUUAAGGCUCCAAUUUCUUCGAUAUUUGGACAUGGCCCGUUUCGCUACUGAGCUUCCUUCCUGUGAAUCAUGAAUUGAACGGAGACGCUUUCAGUCCGCCGCUGGGCACAUGGCGCCGCGAGCGUCACACAAACGCUCACAAACUUCUGCGUUACGUAUUAAAUAUAUUUUUAUCAGUUAAACGCCGGUUGUAGUUUUAAGUGCCAAGUUUACAUGUCAAUGCGGAGUAUUAUUUUUUUGAGUGUUUGUUAUUUUUAAAACAAUGGAAUUGCAGUUGGUUUUAUUAGCUUUUCCGUUUCUUUGGAAACUAUCAUCAAGCCUGCAAUGCUACAAAUGCGACCCGGAGCGGUUGUACAAAAACGACGCAGUGCUGUGCGAGAGAUUCGAUAGCAGUUCUAACUACGUGGUCAAGUGUGAACACUCUUCUAUGUGCUACAAGAGGGUUACCACAUUGGACUUGGGGAAUGGAGUGACUACGAGUACAACAGUGCGUGGUUGUGCCGCACAAACGAUGAGUGGGGAUCAAGCGAAGAUAGAUGGCAAGUGGCGUCCCGUUAACACGAUAUACGACGUCUACGACGAGGGCUGUUCUUACGACCCCACCGACAUCGAACGCACAACCAAAUCUUUGUACUGUUACUGUCGUGGCGACUUGUGUAAUGGUGUAGGGAAAUAUCAAGCGAAUUUGUAUAUAACGUUAAUAGUUAUCAUUGCUUUAUUUAUAAGUUAAUACUGUGAUAACUUUAGGUUACUUAAAUUAAAGUCAAAUGUAUAAUUUAACAAAUUCACUGCCAUUUGUUCACUUAAAGAAGUUGUGGCAGUGAAAGUGUUAAAAUACGCUUUUAUAUGCAUAUAAUGCAAUGGAAUGUAAUUAAUACUCGUAAGUACCAAAGUAAAUAAGGAAAUAUAAGCGAAGUAAGCAUGAACCUUCUAACAGUGAAACAUUCCAUACUGUAAGUCCAUUUGACGAGACGAGAAAAUAAAUUAAAUUAGGCCAUUAUCAGUGUUAAUACUGCACACUUGCAUUACCACAUAUUGUGGUCUCUAUUUUCUCAAUAAGAAUGAAAGGGAUGACUAUAUGCAAUAAUACUAGGAUCACAACAAUGAAGUUCUACUGUAAUAGAUAACAGGGGCUUGAGUUGGCACAUCAUGCUGAGGAGUACUAUUGUUUCCUACGUGCCAACUUAUACUAUUUACAUUUUUAUCACAAAUUUUGCUUUAACAAAAUAUACGUAAUAAUUAUUUUAUCAUAAACUUUAAUG